AUGCGUUUCAACGUCUUGGUUGCUCUGUUUGUGGCCACGUUUGUCGCAAGCGGCGGUAGCUUCAUAACCGCAGAAACGGACGCUUUGGAAGACAAUAUCUACAACAGCAACGAAGUGGCUCGCCGUCUUCGUGGAGAUAAUGAAGUCCAAGAGGAGAGAAAUGGUUUAACGGAAGCGGUUAAGAAGGAUCUGCCUGGUCUUGAAAAUGUUUUGAAGUCUGAAACAACUUACUUUGGUCAACAGACCCCCGAAGUGCUUGAGCAUUUUGCACAACUUGAUAAAGCUCAAUUGGUUCAUAAUUUCCAUACAGAGUUCGGUCCCAAAGGCGUGGAUAGACUGGCUAAGAAAGGAGUAACCGUGGAAGGUGUAUUGGAAAGAGACCCUGCAAUGAUAAAGAAAUUGAUGGAUUUGGCUAUCAAGGGCGCCAAAGGAAAAACGCAUUGGUUUUUGAAGACAUUGAAGUAUAUGUUCAUGGCGUUUGGUGUGGUUGGUGUCCUGUUUGUCUUAGUUCGCUGGUCCUUGAAAGCACCUCCAAAUACGACCCGAGAUUCCACGGCAAAGAGCGGAAAGACGACUACGGCCAGUACUUAA